GUAGGACUUCCCGCUUAUUUUCGUCAUACGAAAGCUGACUUAGUUGGGAACCUAUGAUAUUUCAACCCUGAAGCCGCAUAUACUGUCGUAUGAUACACAUUACACCAACAUCGGUAUCGUAUCCCCUUGACACGGCUACGAAGGCUUCUUGUCCCAGGAGAGAGGGGAAUAAUCUCGCAUCCACAUCUUACUUUCCCGACGCCUUCCGGCUGGAAUAUUGGAGGUGCAAUGAAGAUUAUAGGCAUAAUCGCGUCCCUCCUCGAUCAAGGCCCAAUGGGAUCUUCCGCACAACUACUGGCAGCCUAGCCCGACGAGAUGACAGGUAUGCAAGAAUAGAAACGGCCGCAACUCUCCUCUGGCCCCUAUUCUACGGCAACUGUCUACACCGUCUCGCUCAAAUCCAGUCUAACCCGUUAGGCAGAUUCGGGGGGGGGGGGGGGGGGGGGGGGGGGGGGGGGGGGGGGGGGACCAUACUUUACGCUUUUGGCCCUGACGUAACGGCAGAAACGGCGGACGGUCUAGGUGUAAGCUGAUGUUUGGUUGACCUCGGGGAGGAUGCUGAGGAUCGAGAAGGGUUGGCAUAAGUACGAAAAUCGGAAAUGCUCCUGUCAGUCUAGGUCAGUAGUUCCAAAGAUCCUCCGCCGUGCCAACCGCAGCACAUCUCAGGGCUCGCCUACUGUAAGA